CGUUCAGCUGUUGAAUAGAUAGAGAGCAGAAAGGUAACAGCCCUACACUGGGUGACAUCCAUCCGCGAACAAAUCAGCUCUAGUUUCUUAUUUAGCUGACACAUGCGUGUGGUAACAAUUUCCAUCUUCGUUGGAUCGCAGGGAACAACAUUUAGACUACACGCCCUCCACAGGAAUUCGAAAAUAGCCUGAUGCGACUUAAGCGUGACCUGACUUUGCAUAUGUGAUGACCUAACAUAGCAGAAAGUUUGUGGUAAGAUUCACAUCCACCUGUGCGUUUUUUGGCUCGCGUGAGUGUUUUUAAAAGUCGAUCUGCAUUUACGUUUCUCGAUGGGCAACACAUUGAAACCUCGAUUGGAGCACGCUGAAAAGACAGGCGUCUGUUCAUUGUCUAAAUGUCAAAUAAAAGAGUUCCCAGCAGCCGAAUUGCAGAUGCAAAGGUUGCCUUUGAUUCCUGCAGCAAAACUGCGAUCACUGGACCUGUCGUAUAAUAAGCUAAAGCUUAUACCUGAUGCAAUAGGACAGCUUUGUAAUUUGAAAGUUCUCAAUUUGUCACAUAACAAAAUCAUAAAGCUACCGGAUGCCAUAUGCCAGCUUGCAAAACUGGAGAUUUUAAACAUGGCUGCUAACCAUCUUGGGAAUCUUCCUCCAGAUUUUGGUAAAUUGUCCGCACUGAAAGCUUUGAACCUGAGUGAAAACAAAUUGAAGAAAUUUCCUCUUCAGGUAGCCAAGCUGCCUAUAUUAGAUGUGCUCGAUUUGUCAACUAAUGCAAUCAGUGAAAUGGCGGACUGCGAACAACUGGGGUCACUGAACUGCAGCGAGCUCUUGUUAAACUCAAACCAAUUAGCGGUACUACCAACUAAUCUGGCAAAAUGUCCGCGACUUAAAAUUCUGCGGGUUCAAGAGAACUGUCUAACACUGGACGGUAUACCAUCGGAGUUGCUCUCUUCUUCUGGAAUCAACGCGCUUUCUCUCGAAGGGAAUCUUUUUGAAGAACGAGAGCUUCAUCAAAUUCAGGGAUGGGACGCAUAUCAGGAACGCUACACGGCUUCGAAAAAAAAAAUGUACUAAUAAAAAGUAAAGUCGUCAACCUCUAUUAUACCAACCUGCGAACUAUUUCAGUUCGCGUCACGUUGCCAACAGUAUCACAUCGCUGUAGCAGGUAAUAAUUGUAUAAUCAAUGGUAGGCGUUCAGACAAAACGUUUACGAAAUAGCCAGCACCCAUCGAAUAAUCAUUAGACACCAGAUAUCUGCCAUUGUGAUCUUAGUAAAAAAAGAGCACGACAAAAACGUAAAACAAUUAUCCAGCGGGGUAGUAUUAAUCAUGCUAAGAAGGAAAAACACAAGAGCAAGAUAGAUUCACGACAUGCACGUUGGAGCCUAAUAAGGUACACUACACUAGCGUUGCGUGUCGGGAGCAAUUAGUCUUUAAAUAUUACAUCAUUCAUAUUCAUUGAGGAGUUAUUCUUUUCACAAACUGCCCAUACAUUCAUUCAUUCAAUCAAACGAAUAUGUCUGAGAAUAUACAAGUUAGUGAUCAUUUCUGUUUAAUUUAUUUGCGUCUCUCUGUUGCGACACGUUCAGAAAUCAGACGUGGCUAAUUAUUUAGUGGUUUAUUAGCUUACAACUCAACACCGAAAACCGGCAAUGUUUGUAGAAUGUUAAAAGGUGAAUAUAUAGUACAGAUAUUUGAUGACUAACCAUGUACUAUAUUAAACAGUAUAGCCAGGACAUAAGGUGUGUAGAGUAUUAACAGUUUCCUACGUUAGAAAUAUAAGCCUUGUAAUUGUGGGUUGAUAACCUGAGCAAACUUCUUACACCUUCUGUUUCAACACAAUCAACUGUUUUAAACAACGACACUAGAUACCCGCUGAAGUUGAAGCCUGAGUUUUUCUCGGUGAUCUGCAUAAUAAAGAAAAUGUCGCGUUGUGAUCAUCAUUAUGAAGAUCAUCGACUUUCAAAGUUACGUUUUUUUGAUUUUGAAUGUGUGCCUGUUCGAUAAAGAACAUAGGUAAAUGAAAUCCAGAUGUUGUCCCAAUAAGAUUGUAAAGUUUUAUACAAUUAACACCGAACUGUCAUGAACUUUGGUCGAUUUUGAACUGACAGAGAGCGCCAUAAACGUUUAUUCUGAUACUCCAAUUGCGCCAUCCGAUAGCAGACUUGUGGCCGGACCGUCUAGGCUUAGCGCUUUUAAAACAUUUUCAGUUAAAUCCAGGCGCGAGCGAUAGCUUAGUCAGAGUGUAAUAUUCAAGCUAUGAUACUAUUUUAAGUACUGGAAGAUCUGCAUCCACCAACUGCGUCUUUAUCUGGAAGAAUAUACUGUUUAUUGCAAAUGAAUACGGUCUAGGGUAUAUUGGUCAUAUAAAAUUUUGUCGCGAAAAGUGGUAACAACGUGAAAAUUGAUAAGCACCGAUAAUCUAACAGCACGCGCGAUGUAAAACUAAAGGGGUUGAGAACAAUUCAGUAAGUCUAAUUCCAAGUGAAUUCCUCUAUAGUUGCCUUCAAAAAUAAUGACCCCGUAUACGAAUAUUCCAAAAGUGAAUGUGACAUGUAUUCAUCUUCCUUCCGAGUGCGAAUUACAAUACAGAUGUGUGUUUUAGACUAUUGUAAUAAAUAGAUGAAAAACCAGGUA